UAUACAAACCCUCAAAGUUUGUGUUUGUGCUCUGGCUACUUUCUAACAAAUAGUAGCUAUUUACUCAAAAAAAAAAAAAAAAGAAGUCAUAUUAGUGUCAUUGCGUCGAUUAGCUACUGAACAUUUACUCAACGGUACCUUCUUCAGCCAGACUGGGGGAAAUGUGACUUCCGCAUCCGUCAGCAGAGAAGAUCACCACAUUGACACAUCCAGACGCAACCAUGUCGCUGCUGUGCGCAGUCGAGCAAGUUGUCAAGUCAUGCAAAGUGGAACAAGCUAAGCUGAAUGACCGUAUUCAAGUCUAUAGAGAUUUGUUAAAGAGCUUAACACCACAACCCAAGGUUAGCUCUGAGGAGACCGAACUGGCAGAUGAUGCUUCUACAGAUAUCUCCCCAUGCGAGAAAGAAGAUAUAGGACUGCUUGAGAGGGCUCUAGAGAAAGCCCUUCGGGUCCGCACUGGCUCAGAACAUUCUAAAAAAGGCUCUAAACUACCUGGACCUCAAAAGGAAAUGGGGAUUUUAGGUGUCAGUUCCAUGGAUGUCACACAUUUAUCUGCAGCACAUAGAGGAAGCCAAAGAACAACAAGGUCAUCCUCUAAAUCUGCCAGCCUUGACAGAAAAGGGUACAGAAAGCCUGCAUUAUCAGUAUGCUCCUCACUAGGCUCGAGACCUUUAGCUAGCUCCAACCCUGGACAGACCAAAACAACAGAUAAUAGAAACACGCUCCAAAAACAUCCUGCCUCAUCAGCUGGCGCUGUGCAUCAGCAGGCUUCUAGGAAACUGCAGCAGGUUGUCCCACCGUCUGUCUCCCCUGAUCACAUCACGAGCUUGCUCUCUAAAAACAAGACUGUCAGAAGCAAUGUGGCGAGCGGUGAUGACCUGAGGAAAGCUGCGCCUGUCGCCGCACCUUCUUCAAAUAACACAGUGCCCUGUUCACACACAAAUGAGCCCGGAGCAAGCCGUUUGCCUCAACAGAAGGGCAGGCUACCUUCUGAGCAAACAGCAAAAUGGAAAUCUUUGAGGAGCAAACAGAACAGACUGUGGGAUAAAGUCAUUGCCCUACAAAGAAACCCCGGGCCUGGGAGGAGUCACUUCAUGGAGAGAAUGAGAGCUACGGUAUUCUUCCUUUUUGUAGAAGAGUCAGGGAAAAAAAAACAGUUUCCCAGGAAUUGGCCGUUUGGCAGCCCAUAUGAGACCAGGGCUCUAGUGGACAGGCUGAUUCACCGAGGUCAAGAACUCACGCUGCUCUGCAGGGAGCUUCUAGCCAAACAGAUGACAGAGACAACAACAGAGCUGGUUAGUACAGAAGACAAGUAUGAUUCCUGCAUGUCACUGGAAAGCUUGCAGCUCACAGCAGCUGAGCUCCAGAACUUUGCAGAUCAAGUGAAACAAGAGUGGAAAGCAUGGGAUCAAUGGAAGCCAGAGGGAGGUUGUUUUUGCCCCACUGGGGCAAAUGGUGUGGUGCAGAGAGAUGGGAUAACCUCACCCCUACCCCUGACUAUAAUGUAUACAACAGAGGCAGAGCUGCAAGAGCUUGAGAGGCUGCGGAUGAGGGUGGCACUGCUGCAACAAGAGGUUGAUCUUGAACAGGCUCUGUUGGACACCCUCUCCCCUCAGUUGUCAUCUAUAGUACCUGGGCCUGGAUGUCCGAACCCCAGUGUACUGAGAGACGUGUACUCCCUGCUGGGUGAAGGAGGGGAACGUUUCCCUGCCAUAGUUCUCGACUCUGAGCCUGCCUGACUAGUGAGCAUGUUAACCAGUCAGUUUGUAGGCUUCAGGUGUGAAUACAUUAAAAGUCUCUUGGUAUACUGCAAUCCAGAGGAUACAACUGAUGAAAUCAAACCUCUCUGACAUGGUCAAAACAAGGACAUAAUAAAACCAAAAAAAUAAUUGAAGUGACCGAACAGCUUCAGGGUGCAGCUGUGGCUCGGGAGGUUCAGCAGGUGGUUCAUGCUCUGUGUCACACCUCAUGACCCUGAAGAUCAAGCAGAUAUCAUUGAAUGAUGAUUGGAUGGAUAAACAGUUGUACCUAAUGAAAUGGUAGCUGAAUCGUGAAUCUUGGUGAUUAUUUUGAAGAAUCUGUUUUUAAUUAUGGCAUCAUUGAUUUAUUUCAGUGUCUCCUGUCAUGCCACGGCUUUAAAAAGUUGUGAUCAUCGGUCGUCUCUUAAACACUCACUGAAUAAAUGCUGCAGGUACAAUUUUAAAUAACACCACUAAUCAGUAUAAUAUUACAGUGACAUCAAAUAGUUCUGCGUGUUUGUAAUGUAAUUUGUAUUUUUAUGGCUUAAAUUAUAUGCUUGAAUUGCUUUUUUGGGCUCUGAUACACCAUAACUAAUACCUUCAGUAAUGUUACAGAAGUCUAAUAUUCACUCAAUGAUUUUUGCCAGCAGGUGGCACUCAAUUCACAGAAGAGACCUAAAAUAAAAUGAGGCUAUAAAAGCAGUUUUCUUUAACAAUUAAUGGGUGUUAAGUGUGGUCCCUGGAUUUGCAUGGUGUGAUGGAACCACAGGAGAUAUGUUCCCAUCUUAUUUUAUUCAAAGAUGGCCUUGCAACUUUUCCAGCGUGUUUCACUUCAUUUCAUUUAUUUUCAGUGUUAAAAAGAA